AUGGAGGAGAAGGAAAAGCGUCGUUUGCGGCUGCAAGAACGGUCCAAGGCCGCUUCGAAGCUCUUUGACUUUGACAGUGCAAACGCUCUUUUGUACAAGGACGAGGCGAUCCGGAUUGAUAGAAGUGGGAGGAGUGAGGGACGCCAGCCGUUCACAUAUUAUGGGGAGAUGAGCCGAUUGCCUGAGCGGCAGGCCACGCUGAAAUCGACCAAGGUGUCAAAGAAGGAAGUGGUGCUUCCGAGGAGGCAGCGAACGAAGGAGGACCCUUUGGGCGACGAAGUGUAUGAGGCCUUUCAUCGGAAGAUGAAGCGAGAUGAAAAGUCCAUGACUGGGUCGGAUAAGAAUCGUAUAGCCAACGAGAUUGAUAACUUUCGAAUGCAAUUGAUGCUUUUGCAGCAGAAUAACUGGGCUCGGCACUUGCCAAAAAUGACGUACAUCAAUGAUAAGUCGGACCUUGAAGAGCUUCUGUGGAAGAGACAGGCCACUUUCAAAGAGCUCCAGCGGCUUGUGCAAAAGUAUGAGAACUGGGAAACUCGUAAUGAGCAGCGACUUGCUGAAAUAAAGGAGUUUGAGAGCCGACGUGACCCUGACGCUCCUGAUAGUGAACCGGUUGAUGAAGAUGAUGCUGAUGAUGCUAUCUUAGCGCAGCCGCUGGUUCAGGAAGAACGAGAACAAGAAAGACUUGAAGAGCUUGGCCCUUCGCUGCGCUUGAUCUUGCUACCCUAG